CUAAUAUCAGGCCUCGUUUAUUCAUUGGGGUGGAUUUCUUUGUGUGGCUUUAACGAGAACUAAAGUACAAAUAAAAGAGGGGCUGUGAAGCCUUUAUGAGUUUGUUGCACAUGACUGCGUCGACAUAACAGGUAUGACAGAAAAAAAACAACAUAUUGGUUUCAUUUUUACACGCCUUCUUGUACGCAUGCUCUGUCCAAAACUCUUAUUUAGGUUCCGCCAAAACGAGCCCAGUUUUUGGAGACUGGACUGCGUUGGGCUUGGUGAAGGCAGAAAAAUUAUCGCCCCUUCUUCUCAUUAACAGGGCAAUUUUAUAAUGAAUUGGGCCCGAAGGACGAGCGAUUUGAAGGGGCAGGAGACCUAAAGCGACGGACGCAGGCAACAGAGUGUAACUUGUGAUGAUUUGGUCCAAAAGGAUCGUUAAAAAGGAGAAGCUCUUCGUUCAUAGUUACUGACGUGACGUCUUUGUGAACUGUGAGUUUACGUGCACCUGGAAAAGGGAGGACAAGAAGGAGCAUCGCCAGCUGCAGACUGAGAGGAGCGUGUCGCCGGUGUGAUCAUGGGCUGGGCGGCAAAGGUCACCGGCCGUGUCGUGAGAGAGAGCAUUUGGCUAAUUGCCCCCAUUAACGUGUGUCACUGUCCUUGAUGCUCGUUGUCAUUAUCGUUACAAAGCUGAUCUUAAUCUCAAAACGUACACUUCAGGCUGGUGGUCCUAAGCCGUGUAUGACGCUUAUCUUCCGCCGCUGUGCUCCAUUGCACUUGGACAGCAUUAUCUUCAUAUCGUGAGGAACAGAUCCCCACUGCUUCUCCGAACAUGAAUGCCUACGGAUCACCCUACCUGUACAUGGGGGGGCCCGUUUCUCAGCCAAGAGCGCCUCUCCAGCGAACUCCCAAGUGCGCGCGAUGCAGAAACCACGGGGUGCUCUCCUGGCUUAAAGGACACAAACGCUACUGUCGCUUUAAGGACUGUACCUGUGAAAAGUGCAUCCUGAUUAUCGAGCGCCAGCGGGUCAUGGCAGCUCAGGUGGCCCUGAGGAGGCAGCAGGCGAACGAGAGCUUGGAGAGCCUCAUCCCGGAGACUUUGAGAACUUUACCGGGGCUCUCGGCCCCAGUCCCCGGGGACAGCCACCCAGCGGCGGCACGGACUGGAGAGGCAGCGGGGAGGUGGCCGUCAGAGCAGCCAGCUGGCAUCCCGACAUCGAAAAGCGAUGUACCUGAAGAGAGUUCAGGUGACCAGUCUGGAACUGAAAAUGGGGAGGCCUACAGUGAUAAGGAACAAGACCAAAGCAGCUCGCCUGAUGUCCCUAAGCCAAAGCCCUGCUACACCCCAGAAAGUCCAGAUGCGGCUUCAGGAACUGAUGACGGCCAUUAUGUUUUACAAAAAGUCAACAACAAUGCUGACACUAAAGAGGACAGCCCUAAAUACCACGGAGAACAAAGCUUGCUGAUUGAAGGUCUCUCCGGGUCAGUUACCCUCCCUUUCAAUUUGAAAGCUAACAGACCUCCUCUUGAGGUGCUGAAGAAAAUCUUUCCCAGCCACAAGCCUGCUGUUCUGGAGCUAAUUCUCAAGGGAUGCGGUGGAGACUUGGUAGGAGCCAUUGAAGUCCUACUUUCGAGCAGAUCUCCAUUGAGUUCAGAAAGGUCGCCAGCUGAGGGGUCAGACUCUUUAGUUCUGCCCACUAAUGGUCAUUUGUUUGAACAUGCACUAGGCUCAUAUCCUAUGCCAUCAUCCAAAUGGUCUGUGGGGUCUGCAUUUAGGGUCCCAGACUCUUUGCGGUUCUCCACAGACUCGAGCAAUGUUGUGACCAGCCCCAUAGCAAUGCCUCUGCAACAUCCAUUUCCUCAGGCACCUCGCUAUCCUUUGAUGCUGAGAAAUUCUUUGUCAAGAAACCAGUCCAACCCUUUUGUUCACAAUGAUGUGACCUUAUGGAAUACCAUGACCUUACAGCAGCAAUAUCAGCUGAGAUCACAGUACGUUUCACCGUUUCCCAGUGCUUCCACCAGCGUCUUCAGGAGCUCUCCCGUACUUCCAGCUCGCACUUCCGAGGAUCACAGGAUUACAGUUCAAGAGGAUGUCUGUCCAGUGGUCCCUAAGCAGACCAUUUAUGCAGAGGAUGACUACGAUGAACGGUCAGAUUCAUCAGACUCUAGAAUUUUAAGCUCUUCCUCCUAGAGAAAGUAAAGCACGUCGAGAAUGCUUUCCCUUUCUUUCUACGUGAUUUGAUUACAGCAGAACAGUGUUGAAUCUCUUCUCAAGGUUAUAGUAAAUCAAUAAAAUAAGUUCAAGGAAUUGCUUCGCUCAGAUUAAAAGUCACACACAUAUAAUCUCCACUCAUUUAACACUACACACGCUGAGUAGGUAUAACAAGUUUGUGAAAAGUGAUGUAAAAAUGCAUACAUUAUGUCUGUGAAUAUCAAUAUGUAUAACCAGGCUGCAUGGAAUAUACUGUGAACAUGUCUCGAAAGUAGAAAUGAGCAAAUAAUGUAGCAUGCUGAGAGUAGAUGAAAUAAAUACGUUGCAAGUACACGUCUGUCUUUUUCCUUCAUGCUGGACUGUUUCAGCUCCACUCACCAUUAUGACGUAUCACAGCUGCUUGACCAUAUGAGAGGCACUUUUUACAAUUCUGAACAAUUUAUUGCCUGCAUGCUUUUUAACAUGACUUUUGCAACCUGGAACUGCGUCUUUUGACAUACUGACUUCAUCAUAACACACACGUACAGCAUGCUAAGGUUGCAUUGUGUCCGUGUCUCGGAUUUGCCUUCUCUUGCAUGACAGCAAUUUAGCUGACUGGGUUUAGGGGGUUGUGUGGACAUGAAGUCUUUGUGCUUUGUCGAAUCACUUGAUUAACAUCAUAAUUUAGAGGGGA